AUAAUUGCGUUAAAAAGUUUAAUGGAAACUUUACAGAGUACAGUGAUAGAAACUGUACUCGCCUUGUGUACGCUGAAUUAUGUAAGAACCCGAUUUAUCCCAUUUACGCUUCUUAUUCGAACUUUUUUCAAGAUUUUGUGUUAAAAAAAGAAAAAGGAUUUCCGAUAUCUCCCUAGAAACUUAUAUUUUUACAGGUUCCGUAAUGUCGGUCCAUUUAACGUCCGACGUACAAGGCCAAAUUUUCAAUAUAUUUUUAUGAAACUCGUUACUCAACGGCUAAUUCAUGUGAAAAUGAAUUUGAUCGGAACAUUUGUAUGUGUAUUCCUCACAUAAAGUUCUACUUUGGCAAAGUCGUUAUAUGAAAAACAAUUUCCGUUGGUAAUAUUUCUCCGCAAAAAUUCGACGUGAAAUAAUGUUUUGAAAAAUAAACUCAAUAUGUAAACUUUUGAAUAGGAUGAGACCAUUCAUAAACCUUCUUAUAGCAAUAAUGCCAUAUGAACGCCAAUGAAAGCUGACACCGAAUAAUAGUAUGAUAUACUGUGCGAUAUGGCGCCUUGGGAUUACAAAACUCGAAAUCUUUCCCAUGUUAAUGUUCUUAUGCUUUACGUAAUAUGUUUUAUGCGACUUAUAGCAUUCUUAUAUAAUAUUCUUAUGUUUCGACCGAACAUUGAUCAUAAGAGGAAACAUUAUGUUUUUUCUCUCCAUAGCUUUUGUGACUUUGUUUGUAUAAUUUAUGCAUAACUUGCUCUAUAUAUAUCUUCCUUAAAACCUAUUCCCAAUUGUUUGCCGAGAAAAGUUUGAUUAGUUCCUUCCAAGUUUUGCUAUUUCAAGGUGAUGUAAUAAUUUUAAUUUGUAACAAUAUCUUUAACGUAACGAAUUGAUCACUUAUUGAUAAGACAUCAAGCAAUCAACAAGUUUGAAUUAUCCUCUAACUGUACGGUGAAAGCUUUAUUGCACGACAAUUUUACACCCUCUAAUGCAAUUCGUGCAUUAAGCAAACGCUUUCACUUGCUUACAAAAGAUUACAAAUAAUUUAUUGAUUAUGUACUUGGAAAAAAUCGAAAUUCCUUGACUUCUAAGAAAAAGCAAAUAUAUACUAAAAAUUUAUAAAUAAAUGCUUAGUCAAUGCGAUUUUCUAGUUGCAGGUCCGAUAACGUAUAACAACAAUUUAUGAUAAAAGUUUCGAAAUAAUUCAAUCUAUUAUUAUAAAGUUGCGGUCAACUUUAAACCAGAAUUCAUGAUUAGUUACCUAAAUUGUUAUAUAAAAGUGAACGAAGCAACGUUUGUUUAAAUAUGCAAGAAUAAAAACCUAACGUUUCGCAAGCCAUGUUGAGGUAGUUUAGCAUUCCUUAUCGCGCUUAUUAAGCGCUCAAAGUCUAACUAAAUACAUUUCUAUUUCCAGCACCUUGGAACAGACAGUACAUUAUUUUUGUGUUUUUUAUUGUAACAUUCCAAAGUGCAUAACGCUCUUAAUGCCGCAAGAUUCCGGACGGGAACGCGUUGUUGAAAAUCUUACAAAAACUAACACAGUACAGACUGGAGCCUAUUGUUUUAAAUUGAACAUAGCUGAUUCUCGAAAUUUUGGGAAAAAUUUUCUGGAAUGUAUUACUAGGAAUCUAAUUAAGUUGUGCGCCCUAAGCUUGAAUGCCCCUAAAAUCCAACGCAGAGAAGAAAAACCUUGUUCUUCUACGCGACUGUAAAGCGGCAAUUAAUGUCGAACUUCGCAUUGAAAGUUAAAAUUUCAGUCUUAUUGGAAUCCUAAAAGAUCUGCUCCAUGUAACCUCGUAAUACUUACUUAUACACAAAGCCGUUACACUGUACACUUAUACACAAGCAAUCUCGGAAUACUUAACAGCAUACCACUAGAAUAAUUUCCAACAUAAAAUUAAGACGACUUUCCCUUAAAAUGCAAAAAUUUUUAAAUUACGGAAAUUUGAAAUCCACAGUCGACCUUGACAAAAGUAUGCCACGUGUUUUGUAGAGCGAUUUCAAUAUCGUAGUUACUCUUGUCUUUUUCGAUAUAAGAACAUCUGUCAGACAUGAUCUACGUAAUAAUAUGAAAAAUAUAUGCGUGCAGACGACGAUACAAGAAACUGUGUUCCUUUAUCGUAAUGCUUCUCUUCGAAGUACGCCUUUCCAUUCUCCAUAGUCAUUAAAGAAGAGAAAUUCGCCUGAGCUGAUGUAGUCCAGAUAAAUACAGUUAACUUUCUUAUUUAAGCAAGUAUUUUAAUUCUAUAAUAAUUUUCGACAUAAACAAAAAUAAUACCAUUUUACGCGGGCAAGACCGACUAUUAAAUCCUCUGCAUCGUUACGUCUAACACAGUUCUUCAUUUGUAUUCGUGGCAAUAUAUCAAAAAUUAUCUCUCAUUUCUAUGCAAAGUAGACCAUGACAUAUAAGAGAGCGCAAAAGUGAGCCGACUUGGUCUGAGGUAUUUAGAAAAAUACCUUUGUUUUCAAAAAGUUCUUAAUCCUCUUCACUUAUUUUCGUUAUAAAAUGCUAAAAAUUAAGUCUUGUUGUCUUACAAAAAUAUCCUUUUUACCUUAUAUUGGACGCAGAGAUUAACCUACGAAGUCCGAAUUUGAUACAGUUGAUACAAUGCCAAAUUCCAUCAUUUAACAUUAAAAAUAAAAUCUCGCUGUCAUAUGAAAGCCCAUUGUUCAUAGGAACGGUUAGCAAAUUGGGUUUAAUAAAAUUCUCCCGCCCGAUUAAAAUUUUCAAUAUCGAAAUACUCAGCGACUCAAUGAUCUUUGUUGAGAAUUCUGAAUCUAUCGAAAGUAUAAUUUUUCAAGGAAAUAAAUGAAGAAUUGAAGGAUAUUCAAUGGUCGACCUGUUUUGCUACUUAUUUCUUAAAUUCCAUCUUCCGAUGGUUUGCAAUCAAGACUUGACGAACGAGAAGAGCGCAAGCCCAAAUUUCUUUUAGAAACCUUUUCUCUCUCGUUUACUGCCGUAUGAACGUUUCACGAUCAAUAAAAAAUUCUCUCUAAUAAUAUGACCAUAGCCUUCUUACCCACAUGAAUGCGUUCGCGGGUAGAAUAACAAGUCUCUAAUAACAGAUCAAGCGUUUACUGUACUUCAGACUUUCAAUGUAGUGCGGCCUUAUAACACUUACGAAAUUUGAUAAUGAUCUUGCUACCCAUGCACACACACACACACACACACACAUGUUCAGCUUUUGAAAGCUGGAUAUAAAUAAAUAAUUAUUUUAUCAUUUUUGUAUAGUUUCCUCUUUCGCGUUUCAUAUAUUUAGAAAGAGAGAGAGAGAGAGAAAAAAAAAGAAGCAAUUUUUUCAACAAAUUUUUUUGUGCACAAAAUGUUUACGUGUUAGUGCAUAACAUUUGGAUGAAUUAAUGGACGUUUGCAUGCUUUGUACAAAACAUUGUAUUUUAUUUUGCAAGUUCAAGGAUAACUGCUCAGUCUCUGUCCGCAUGCAUAAUAUUAUUUUAUUUGUCGAUAAAUUUUCUCGAUGCAAAUGUAUGCGUGCGACCAUGACUUUGACUCACACCAAAUGAAAUAAAAUUGCAUUUGAGAUAUCGUACACGUAUGAGUGCACGAACAUUCGCGCAGACGGCACUUUUUCUGUACAUUUGCCGUUGUCUGCUUAUUUAACAAAAUAUUUUAAAGGCGUUUUUCAUUUGUUGUUAAUAUUAAUUUUGUCUGCAGGUGAACAAAUUUCUUUCUCUUCGUAUUCGUAUGAUGUUAGGCUUUUUCUUUGGCCUUAAAAGAUGUGAAGGUCAUAAAAAAACCUACAACAAUUUAUUUUUAGAAAUAAAAACCUACUAAAAAACAAAAAAAACAAAAUCUCUAAUUCUUUGACAAAAUGUAAAGCAACAAGAACACGAAGAAGAAGAAGAGAAUAAGACAAACAGCAAAUAAGUUAUGUUCGAGAAUAAAAGUCAUUGGAAGGCAAGAAAUCAACACAAAAUUCAUUAAGUUGUUUCCUCAAAAAAGACAAUGGUUUAUUAUCAGUCGACUCCUUUGAUUAUUAAAUCUGAGCAUCCUAGUCAAGCGCAAUUGUGUGCAAAUUUUAGGCAUCCCAACGAUCAAUUGCAGCAAUUACAUCCUAUCUCACAACAUCAGCACCAACAACUGCAUCAACAGUCCCAGCACCAUAUUGCACCUGCGCAUAAUUAUAGCAUAAAUGAUGGAAAUCUAAAUAUGCAACGACCACAGCAUGCGGUACAAUUGCCAUUAUCAUCAUCACCUAGUACAAGUAUUAGUAACGUAAAUGCAGCAACUACAGUAACUACAAAUGAUCCCUAUCAACAGCAACAUUAUUUCAAUAUAAAAACUGAACUCUUACCGCCCGAUAUAACUGUAUACGCGACCAGUCAACCAGUUCAACAGCAAUACCAACUGCCCCAUAAAGUAAAUGCCAACAGUUCGUCUCCCCCUCUUUCAGCCAAUACAACUACUGUUCGGAAAAUUUCGGGCAAUAAACCUCAAUUUAAAUGCGAACAAUGCGGCAUGAUAUUCGGUAGCAAGUCGGCGCACACUUCACAUACAAAAUCACAUAACAAAAACAGUGAAUUGAGUAUAACAAGCGGAACCAAUGCCAUUAGCAGUUCUUGCACAAUGGUCGAGCUAAACGAAGCGGGAGUUCCAGUGGGAAUACCAAAACAACCUCACAUCAAACCUAAUCCAAACGCUGCGGUUACAGGCGGCGAUCCAUAUCAGUGCAAUGUCUGUCAGAAAACAUUCGCCGUACCUGCUAGGCUGAUACGUCAUUAUCGGACUCAUACCGGUGAAAGGCCAUUUGAAUGCGAAUUCUGUCAUAAACUGUUUAGUGUCAAGGAAAAUUUACAAGUUCAUCGCCGCAUUCACACCAAAGAACGUCCUUACAAAUGCGACGUAUGUGGGCGAGCGUUUGAACAUUCGGGUAAACUACAUCGUCAUAUGCGUAUUCAUACGGGUGAACGACCGCACAAGUGCUCGGUAUGCGAAAAAACUUUCAUACAAUCGGGUCAAUUGGUUAUACACAUGCGCACCCAUACCGGGGAAAAACCUUAUAAAUGUCCUGUCGAGGGUUGCGGAAAGGGUUUCACAUGUUCCAAACAAUUGAAAGUACAUUCACGUACACACACUGGCGAGAAACCAUAUCACUGCGAUAUCUGUUUCCGUGAUUUCGGUUAUAAUCACGUAUUAAAAUUGCAUCGUGUCCAGCAUUACGGAUCGAAAUGCUAUAAAUGCACAAUAUGCGACGAGACUUUCAAAAGUAAAAAAGAAAUGGAAGCUCACAUUAAGGGUCAUGCCCACGAGAUGCCGGAUGAUGAAGACGAAAAUGUGGUUAAUAGUAGCAAUUCCACAGUGAAAGCUGCGGUAACGUCAUCUUCAUCUUCGACUUCAUCGGGGAUAGAAAGUAAUUCAGCUCCCAAUUCUCCACAAUCACCAUCUUCUAGUGGUUUAUCUACAAAAACAACAAAGGCCAAAAAGACUUUAACGAAAAACAAUAGUUUCUCAGGUUCACUAAGUCCUCCUUCUCCGGACUCUCCAAAUAUUUCAAUGUCUCCCAGUCCAACUUAUGCUUCUACAUCCAGACAUUCGGCUGGCUCUCCUGCAUUUUCGGCUGCGUCACCUACCAUGUCUAUAACCAUAGAAAACGAACCUUACAGCCGCGAAAGUGGGAUGAUCACUCACCCCUAUGGACGUCAAUUGACAUCCCAUAACACCACAACUACUCUAAUCGAAUUAAAAUCACCAAACGUUUAUCAUAGUCCAGUAAUUGACGAAAUGCCUACAGAUUUAAGUAUAACGCCGCAAACCGUUCACUCAAUAGAACCGCAACGCACUCUACUAAAUUAUCAUCAUUAUCAACAACGAGCUUCAACGCCACCAUCGGUCAGUGGUAGCAUGCAAUAUCAUUACUUGAAUACAGCAACGCCGCUACAACAAUUAGAUUCGUCUAACGUUAAUACCAAUACGCUCUUGGAACCGCCUACUAUAAAUCCGGCUUUAUUAGAGGCAGCCAGCAUCGCUAGCCGGCGCGAAGAUGACAUACAACAAGCUGCCAUACAAAUCAUGCAAUUACAUCGCUCGCAACAGAAAUGCUACGAUGAUUCCAUACAAGAACAAAUUUCGAUCACACCCGCCGUAACAACAACUGCUGCACUUUUGAAUGACAUCAGCGGAACUGAAGAUAAGGCUACUAACCAAGUGAUUGGACAUUAUAAAAAACAUGAUUUAACGAGGCACUCAUUGACAAAAGGUUACGCUCCUGUACCGAAAUUCGAAUCUUCUCUACACAAUAACGAUAUCAUUUUACGUCAAGUCGAGGCAGCAAUAGCCCCUUUACGUGCUUCGACCGAAUCUCCUGAACGUUCAUCGUCACCCGAAAGUGAUUCACUAAUGAUGCUGGCUGAUCGAGAUGUUAUGACUUUACCGUUAAGAAAACGUAAACUUUACAUGAGCGAUUUACAGAAUGUAAAAAAUGAGACAACUCCAAGAACAAUAACGAAAACUAAUGAAAACGAUAGCAUCAAAGCAGAUAUCAGCCAAAAAAUGAUGCGCCAGAACUCGGUAAUACAGUUUGCUAAAGCGUCAUAGACUAAACCCAACAAUAGAUAAUGAAAAGUAAUAUGCCGAAUAUGAAAUCAGAAAGAUUAACAAAAAAAAAGAA